UCUCCACCUCCGCCCGCCUUCUCUCCCUCCCUCUCCCUCCAACCUGUGUCACACUGUACUGUAAAACCUGUUCCCUGGCGCCAGGAAGCCCCGGGACCUGCCCGGAUCCGCCCGGGAGUCUCAGAGGCAGCCCCGGUUGAAGGCGCAGUGAGUCGGCCGGGCCAGACGUCUGGGACCCCUCCGCGGGAUCUCCAGUGAGGGUCUCGGAGCUGAAAGGAGAAUUGGAAUUGGGAGCUAUACAACUUAGAAUCAGAUCCGGAAGAGCUUCCACUCUUCGAACCCAGAUGGCAGAAUGUCAAAGCUAGAAGGGAUCGGAGAACCUCCAUGCCCCAUUCAGUCCGGGCUCAGAGAGGGAAGACGACUUGCCCAGGGUCACACAGCGAGAGUGGGCAAGAGCGCUCUUUUCCCUACGCCUCACAGCGUCUUUUCUCACGCUACCUUCAGUCGGCUGGGAGGAUCAGGACAGGUUGACCGCAGGCGCGCCCCCCAGCCUGGGCACCAUGGACAGCGAGGCCUUUGAGAGCGCUGCGAGAGACCUUCUGGACUUGAACUUCCAAUCCUUGGCCAUGAAGCACAUUGACCUGAAGCAGAUGGAGUUGGACACUGCGGCUGCCAAGGUGGACGAGCUGACCAAGCAGCUGGAGUCGCUUUGGUCCGACUCGCCGGCCCCCUCCACACCUCCACCACAGGCCAGCAUUCCUACCCGGCUAACCAGAUACAGUUCCAGCCCCACUCCUGACCAUUUUAGCCGUACCUCUUCACCCCGGAAGGUGGCAGACAGUGGGGAUGCCACCUAUACCCGCUCAGAGAACUCCCCUUCCUUGUUCCAAUACAGUCCCCUGUCACCCAAAGGACGUCCAGCCUCCCCCCGCACCCCUCUCUACCUGUCUCCAGAGUCGUACUCACCCCUGGAACGGGCCCCCUCUCCACGGCCCAAGAGUAUGACCUAUGAGGCUGUGGUUGGUUCACUGGGCCGGGCCCCAUCCCCUAGGCCCGGCUCUGGCUCCCUUCGUCCCACAGGGCCUCCCCCACAAUACGAAUUCCUAGUGGGUGGACGGGCUGGUUCUCCUCGGGGUGAUGCCUCUCAGGCUUUCUUCCCUGACCACCGAGGACCCUCGCCCCGCUUGGGCCUUCCUGCCACUUUUGAGGGCUCCACUCUCUUUGGGAGCCCACCCCCAGGGGCCGGGAGCAGUGCAUUUGCACCAUUUCGGGCACAAGAUGACCUGACUCUCCGCCGGCGUGCCCCUAAGAGCUGGAAUGAGUCAGACUUGGAUGUGGCCUACGAGAAGAAAUCGUCGUCCCAGUCCUCUGGCUAUGAUCGCCUGGAUGUUUUCGGGGGCCUUCGUCCAUCCUCCCCAUCCUUGCAGCUGUUACCCUGGCGGGAGAGCAGUUUAGACGGCAUGGGUGGUCCGGGCAAGGACGGACUCAGCAGCUCCACUCUGCCCCGGAAUUACAAAGUCUCCCCGUUGGCCAGUGACCGGCGGACAGAGGUUGGGGGAUAUCGGCGCUCCUUGGGCACCCUUCCUCGAAGCUGGCAGCCAGCCAGCCGUAUCGCCAUGCCGCCAACCAGCCCCCAGGCCCGGGGGGCUCCCCGCCAGCGCCCUAUCCCCCUCUCCAUGAUAUUCAAGUUGCAAAAUGCCUUCUGGGAGUAUGGGGCAGCCAAGGCAGGGCCUCCGGGCUCACCCAUUAUCACACGGGCUCCCCUCCCCAAGAUGACCCCCCAGGUCCCAGCCCCUCAGAGCCCAGUCCCGGCCCCACAGAGUCCAGCCCAGCCUCUGGCCACUCAACUUGUGCCACCUGUCCGGCCUCCAGGAGGUGAAGGUCCCCCAAAGCCCCCCGAAGAGCCGGAGCCAGAGCCGGAGCUGGAGGGGCUGCUGGCCCCAGCGCUGGAGGUGGGCGAGACAGAGGAAGGGGCUGUGCCUCGACCCCUGAGUCCCACGCGGCUCCAGCCGGCCCUGCCUCCAGAAGCACAGACGGUGCCCGAGCUGGAAGAGGUAGCCCGGGUGCUAGCAGAGAUCCCACGGCCCCUGAAGCGCAGAGGCUCUAUGGAGCAGAGCCCCAGCCCAGCCCUGCCCCCCACGCACAAGAAGCAGUACCAGCAGAUCAUCAACCGUCUGUUCCAUCGGCAUGGGGGCAGCGGCGGCGGCGGCGGUGGGGGGGGCCCACCCCGAGAUGGUGGUGGUGGGCCUGGUGGGCCUGAACUGGAGCUGCCCCCCAUUACUGAGGGCUCUGACACAAGGGCCGGGCCCCCUGCCCCAGCCCCCCCAGCUCCCACCCUACCCCCAAGCCUGCCUGACCCACCCCCACCCCCGAGCAUGGAAAUGCGCUCAGUGCUUCGGAAGGGGGGCUCCCCCCGCAAGGCCCGCCGGGCCCGCCUCAACCCCCUGGUGCUACUGCUGGAUGCAGCACUCACCGGGGAGCUGGACGUGGUGCAGCAGGCGGUGAAGGAGAUUAAUGACCCCAGCCAGCCCAAUGAGGAGGGCAUCACGGCCCUGCACAAUGCCAUCUGUGGUGCCAACUACGCCAUUGUGGACUUCCUCAUUGGUACUGGUGCCAACGUUAACUCCCCGGACAGCCAUGGCUGGACACCCUUACACUGCGCGGCCUCUUGCAAUGACACAGCCAUCUGUACAGCCCUGGUGCAGCAUGGGGCUGCCAUCUUUGCCACGACCCUAAGUGACGGGGCCAUGGCCAUUGAGAAGUGUGACCCUUACCGGGAGGGCUAUGCAGACUGUGCCACCUACCUGGCAGAGGCCGAGCAGAGCAUGGGCCACUUGAAUGGAGGGGCGGUCUACGCACUUUGGGACUAUAGCGCCGAGUUCGGUGAUGAGCUGUCCUUCAGGGAGGGUGAACCUGUGACUGUCCUGCGCCGGGAUGGCCCCGAGGAGACGGACUGGUGGUGGGCAGCCCUGCGGGGCCAGGAGGGCUAUGUGCCCAGAAACUACUUUGGGCUGUUCCCCAGAGUGAAACCUCAGCGUGGCAAGGUGUAGGAGCCCAGAGCUAGCACCAGGAGGAACCAAUGCCCAAUGAGGAACACGGGGGAGCUUCUCCCCCUGUUCCUGCUAGUGGCCCAGGGGGAGGGGGCAUGAACUUGGAUCCUGUCUUUGAGAGGGGAAGGGGCUCCCUAAAGCCAGCCCCCAUCAUCACUCGCCCUCUCAGCCUCCAGCCACACGUCCAGAGCCCCAAGACCAGAAAUGGAAUUGAGAGGGCCGAGGCAGAUCAAUCAGCUCCACCCCAACCUCCCCCCAAAACACCCACCCAGCCAGCCCCCCGGGUUCUCUCACCCAAUGCACACAGCACCAGACUCAAUGAACUCAGACCCAUGCUGCCCUCUGCUUUCCUGCCGCCAGCAGCCUUGGGAGUCGGGGCAUAGUAACCUCCCCUCUUCUCCCCCCAAACCAAGUGCCUCAAGUCUUGUCUGGUUUCUGUUUGUAAUUAAAUAGGAAAAAUA